AUGCAACUUGUCAAGGAAUUUUCUAAGAUUAUGCAGGGUGAGUUUGAGAUGAGUCUCAUGGGGGAGUUGAGUUACUUCCUUGGUCUUCAAAUCAAGAAACUCAACAAAGGGACAUUUGUGUGUCAAACAGAAUAUUGUAAUGAAUUGCUAAAGAUAUUUGGUAUGGAAGAUGAAAAAUUGAUUGACACUCCAAUGCCCACAAAUGGAAACUUGGAAAUAAAUGAAAAUGGUAAGGAUGUUGAUGUCAAUAAGUAUCGAGCUAUAAUUGGUUUUAUUCUAUAUCUUACUGCAUCUAGGCCAGAUAUUAUGUUUAGCGUGUGUAUUUGCGCUCAUCAUGAGUCGGCUCCUAAGGAAUCACAUUUAAAAUCCAUAAAAUGCAUCCUUAGAUACCUUAAUGGUACAUCUAAGUAUGGGCUUUGGUAUUCUAAGGGAAUCGAUUUUAAUUUUGUUGGUUAUACCAGUUCUAAUUUUUCCAGUUGCAAAUCGGAUAGGAAAAGUACUAGUGGAACUUUGCACAUGUUUUCAAACGCCUUAGUAAUUUGGCAUAGCAAGAAGCAGGUUUAUGUUGCAUUAUCAACUACCGAGGCGGAAUAUGUAGCAGCAGGUAGUUGUUGUGCUCAAAUUGUGUGGCUCAAACAAUAA